AUGCAACCCUUCUUGGUCACUGCUUUCAAGACGAAAGAACCAGACGCUUCCGCUGCUGCUGCUGAAGAAGAAGAAGAAGAAGAAGAAGAAGAAGAAGAAGAAGAAGAAGAAGAAGAAGAAGAAGAAGAAGAAAGAGGAGGAGGAAGAAAAAAAAGGAAACGAGAGAUUUCGCCCGUCGACUAG